AUGGGGGAGUCGAGGUCGAGCAGGUCUGGAUCAGUAUCUGUGGACAUCGAGCGGAUCUCCUUCGGAGGCAAGGACCAUCUAGUGAGAACGAGGUGUGGCUCUGUAUCUGUGGCCGUGUAUGGAGACCAAGAAAAGCCCGGGCUCAUCACAUACCCUGAUGUAGCUCUGAAUUACAUGUCCUGCUUCCAAGGACUGUUCCUCUGCCCGGAAGCCGCGUCGCUGCUGCUCCACAAUUUCUGCAUAUACCGCAUCGGCCAUGAGUUGGGAGCGGCUCAGGUUCAGUCUGAUGCUCCGGUGCGAUCUGUUGACGAUCUUGCCGAUCAGGUUGCCGAUGUGCUUGAUUUCUUCAGUUUAGGUUCUGUCAUGUGCCUGGGUGUUACAGCUGGCGCCUACGUCCUCACUCUGUUUGCAACAAAAUAUCAGGAAAGGGUCAUAGGGCUGAUGCUAGUUUCCCCUCUGUGCAAAGCCCCGUCAUGGAGUGAAUGGUUGUAUAAUAAGGUGUUGUUAAAUUUGCUUUAUUAUUAUGGCGCACGAGGCGUGGUCAAGGAGUGCUUGCUUCAGAGAUACUUCAGCAAGGAAGUGCGUGGCAACUCUCAGUGUGCUGAAUCAGACAUCGUGCAGGCCUGCAGAACUUUGCUUGAUGAGAGGCAGGGUGAAAACGUUUGGAGAUUUCUUCAGUCAGUGAAUAAGAGGCAUGACUUAACAGACAAAUUGAGGAAACUCUGGUGCCGCACACUGAUAAUUGUGGGAGAGAACUCACAAUUCCAUGACGAUGCCAUCCAUAUGACAACAAAGCUAGACCAGAAGUACUGCGCGCUCGUCGAGGUUCAGAAUUGCGGCUCCCUUGUGACCGAGGAGCAGCCACACGCAAUGCUGAUGCCGAUGGAGUACUUCCUCAUGGGCUACGGGCUCCACAGGCCCUUCCAGCCAAGCAGCAGCCCUCGCAGUCCGUUGAGCCCGUGCCGCAUAUCGCCGGAACUGCUAUCUCCUGAGAGCAUGGGUGUGAAGCUGAAGCCGAUCAAGACCAGGAUGGCAGUCGAUUUCUAAGUUUUACCACAAGUAAAGCCUCACUAGUCGUUCGUAUGCAUGCUCCGAAAGUGUCUGUUUUUGUUGUGGAUAGCCUGUAAUAUAGAUCAGUAAGAUAGAACAGAGGGAAAUAUGUCCUAGAGAUAUGACCAGGACGGUUGUUUGUUCAAUCUAUUUUGUAGUUAGCACAAAUGUACAUCUCAGAGUAGUUUCAGCAGAAGAAAUAAUAUUCCGGAGUUUAGGCA